AUGAUGAAACUCAAACUCCUAGUAAUUCCUGCCUCAUGGAUUGCAGAAGACAAUGCCGCAGUCCAAGCCAGUCAGGAGACUGCAAACCCACUAUCGCGCUCUCAGCGCUUCAACACUAAGAAGCACACACAAGCUGAAAUUGAAGAGGCGAUUCCAGACUCAAACGUCCAACAUGCCAAUCCACCAUGGAUGCCAUACAGUUACACCUUGUGGCAUUCGCUGAUCGCAAAGAGCCAAGGACUGGCAACCUCGCAUGUCCUUAAGAUGCCUUCAGUUCUUUGCGACGACCUGAUGCUUCUCCACUGCUCUUGGUUGCGUUCGGGUCGCUUCCCCUCUUACCUACUGAAUCCGCUUGUCGAGGACCUGAAGUCUUCCAGGACUGGACGAAAGCUCAUGUCCCUUCUCGACGGCAAGCAACGCUGGUUUAUCCGCUUGGACCAAAUGUCCCCCAAGGACUCGCCCCUCGGUGGCGACCGACCAUCAACAACGAUCCAAGAGGUGAUCACAAAGAUCGCUUCCAGUAUGCGCGCAUAUGGCAACUUGCAGUGGGCGACCCAAGCAGAGGAACGACCCUGGGGCGAGAAUCGCGCCAAUGUGCAACUCAUUCUGAAUCCCUGGAACGACAAGAUGGAUCCGGCAAGGGAAUUUCGCGUCUUUGUGCCCCCCCCCCCCUUCGGCGCGCAAAGAAAACGAUGGCGACUUCCGUAUCACUUCGAUGUUGUGCUGCAAGACGACGGAAGUGUGCAGUUGGUGGAGCUCAAUCCGUUUGGGGCGAUGAGCGGGUGCGGCGCAUGUCUCUUCAACUGGAUCAUCGAUGCGAGAAUGCUGUAUGGUCUGGAGGAUGCCGGGUUCGCAAUAGUGCUGGACGAACCGAUGUAA